GCUGCGCUCGGAGUCAGCCGUCCGGGGCCCGGCUGGGACGGGCCGGGCAUGGAGAGGAGCAGGGUGUUCGUGGUGCUCGACGUGGUGUGCCUUGUGGUCGCUUCUUUGCCCUUUAUCAUCCUGACGCUGGUGAACUCUCCGUACAAGAGAGGCUUCUAUUGCAGCGAUGACACCAUUCGAUACCCGUACCGCCCUGACACCAUCACCCAUGGCCUCCUGGCUGGUGUUACCAUCACUGUCAGCGUCAUCAUUGUCUCAUCUGGUGAGGCCUACCUCGUCUACACAGAGCGUCUCUACUCCCGAUCAGACUUCAACAACUAUGUGGCUGCCCUCUACAAGGUCUUGGGCACCUACCUCUUUGGGGCAAGUGUGAGCCAGUCUUUGACUGAUCUAGCCAAGUACAUGAUUGGCCGCCUUCGCCCCAACUUCCUGGCGGUCUGUGACCCAGACUGGUCUCGGGUCAACUGCUCUGGCUAUGUCCAGCCUGAGGCUGUGUGCCGGGGAAGCCCUGCAAAUGUCACUGAGUCCAGGUUGUCCUUCUAUUCUGGCCACUCCUCCUUUGGCAUGUACUGCAUGGUCUUCCUUGUGUUGUAUGUGCAGGCCCGUCUCUGCUGGCGGUGGGCACGGCUCCUGAGACCCACUGUCCAGUUCUUCUUGGUGGCCUUUGCCCUCUACGUGGGAUAUACUCGAGUGGCUGACUACAAGCACCAUUGGAGUGACGUGCUGACCGGUCUCCUGCAGGGGGCACUCGUCGCUGGGCUUACGGUACGAUAUAUCUCGGACUUCUUCAAGGUUCGCCCCCCUCAGCCCAGCCCAAAUGAGGAGUCGGAGCGGAAGCCCAGCCUAGCGCUGGCCCUGACCCUCACUGAGGGCGACCGAAAUCAUUUCAGCUAUGUGGGAGCCUCCUGAGCUGCCCCCCACCCCUCCCUCUCCUCCUGGAUGGACAUCCCCUGACCCUGGUCCUGGCCCAGCGCUCCCCAGCCUGGGCCAGACUGGUCCUCUUUGUUUCAUGUCCCUGGGCUUGGUCCUUCCAGUCAGGGGGAGGCUGCUUUAGGGAACCGUGGAUGGGGGGGGUCUUGUCCCCCAUUUCCCAUUUGGGACUGUAGGAGCUAAAGGAAGAUCCUGCAAUGGAGGCAGGAAGCCAGGCUAGCGUCCUCUGUCUCUAGAAAUGCCAGCAUCCUCCACUUUUCUGGAGAGGAGCUGGGGGUGGGGUCUGUAUCUUUGCUGUUUUUGUAAUGUAAUUUACAUUGGAGUUUUUAUUGAAUUAGAACAACUCUGGGGGGAAUGGGGGACUGGUUCCUCUUCCUCAGUCCUGGGCUGGCCUCUGAAAGUUGGGGAAAGAGGACGGAAUGGUUCCUAUGCUCUCAUUCUAGUCCUGUUCCUUUUGCCCCACCUCAUUCUGAAGACUUUGGAUUCAGCAGCUUCCCAGAAACUGGGGAAGGAUUUGGCUGGAAGUUCCCAUUGCUGCCUUCUCAAAGCCCAGGGAGGGCAGCCCGAGGGAGAAGGAAAGCCUUGGCCUUGGAGUCCCCUCUGUCCCCUAGCCUGCCCUUUGGUGAUUCAGCCCAGGAGGACCCCCAGGAGGAAUAGCUGCUACCCUGGACUGCCCUAAAAUUCUUACCCAGUUUGGAAGGGCAGAGAGAAUGUCUGAGCUGGAAGAGAACUUAAGAGAUCAUCUAGUUGAACCCCUUUGUAGAUGGGAAACUGAGGCCCAGGAAGAGGCAGGGACCUUUGGGAGGUCACCAAAUGAGUCAUUGUGUUGGAUACAGAACAGGAAUUCCUAGUCUCCCCAGAUCCUAGCCCAGGGCAUCCAUCCUCUCUAACCUGCUCAGCUGGAGAGCACCCCUCCUCCUAUGCCUUCUCAUAGACUAUUUCAGGAUUCUUUCUGCUUGGAAAGUUAGGCUUCCCUGACCCUGAGCCUUAGGCCUGGAGCUGGAGGAACCUGUCUGGGCUCUUCAGAGUAAUGGGGGAGGGGACAAUGUGAGCAUCCUGGCCCCCUGCCCCAUCCUUGGGCUCUUGGGGCUAGGAAUCAAGGCCAGAAUAAGCUUUCGAGCCUGGUGAUUUGGGGAGGGGCACUCAUGCACUGGCAGUUCCCCCCUUUCUAACCAGGUCCACCUGUCUCUGGAUGGGCGUAAGUGCAUGGGGCUGUGGAAAAAUUCUGUGCUGGCAUCCUGGAGAUUCCAUACUUGGGCCACUAAUGUGGAAAAUCUCCUUACCCAUUCUUCAACCCAUUUCCCCAUUUAUGAACUCAGGCCCAGAGGAGAUGGUCUACAAGGCCCUUGAAAAAGACCUAGAUUUGGAGGACCCAGGUUCCAGCUCUGCUGGGUGACCUUAGGCAAGUAAUUCUUUAGGUUCAGUUUCCAGUAGGAUUCUGUGAUUACCACUUCAGCCAAGCAACUGUCUCUUACAAGGGUAUAUCAAGCAUGUCCGCCGUGCUCCUGGGAUCAGGAGAGGAAGGGGAGGGGAGAGGGGGACAGCAGGAAGAAAAGGAGCCAAUUAUACCCAGAGUCUGGAAGACCUGAGUUUAAAUCUGACCUCAGAUGUUUACAAGCUGUGUGACCCUGGGCAAGGCAGUUCACCUCUGCCUCAGUUUCCUUAUCUGUAAAAUGGAGAUCUUAAGAGCACCUAUCUUCUGGGAUUAUGGGAGGAUACGUUAAUAUUGUAGAACGCUUUGCAAACUUGGAAGUACAAACUAUGAUUGUGGAAGGAGGGUCUGUUAUUUGGAACCAAGAUCAAAAGGUCCACGCCCCCCUCCACUCUGUCAAUCUAGCUUGAAAGCUUCCCUGUCUGAAUUGUUCCUGAGGCUUUGGUACUAUUUCCAGGAGGCCCCUGGUAAGUGGCACAAUUGUUUCUGGUAGGCGAACAUUUCUGUUCUCACACAUUAACCUUUAUCAGGCACCCAGAGCCCUGGAGCUAGAAAAUGGCUUUGAUUGUACUGGAGAGGGGAGGUGGGGCUGGGUUGCUUUGUACAUCCUGGGGGUAGCUUAAGGACAAGGGGAGAAGUAACAAAGAGACUUAAUUGGCAGCAAAGACCAACCUGACUUAGAAUCCUAGCCUGUCACAGCCAGGAGGAACCUCAGAAUGGGAGAUAUCAGAGAAGGGAAGUCACUUGCCUAGGAUCACUCAGCAAAUCAGAAGCAUGGCCAGUACUAAGUACCAGCUUCCUCUUUCCCAGCCCCAGGCUCUUAAAAAUGCCUCUGAAGCUGCAGAUUGAGGUCUGAAGGAAAGAUCAGAGGGGCUUUCCUGGUCCAAAAGCAGGGCCAUACCUCAUUUGACACCUAUACUAUAUACUAUAGGCCAGCCAAUCUAGCCUUCUUGCUGUUACCUGUAUAACACACAACCCCACUCACCUAGCCCAGGUGAACUGUGUCCUCAGAUACUGAAAGAACUGGCCAGAAGGGAUUGUUCAGCUAUUGUCUGUAAUAUUUGAACAAGACAACGUUGUGAGGAGAAAUGCAAAUGUCCCAAUUUUCAAAAAUGGGAAAGAGCCUUCAAGCUAUAGGCCAGUGAACUUGACUUUGAGUCCUAGGGAGAUUCUGAAAUGGAUAGUAAAUAGAUGGUUAGUGAAUAUCUGAGCCUAAAGGGCUUCGUCAAAUAUAGCUCAUGUCAAAAUAACCUUCUUUCCUUUUUUGGACAAAGUAUCUUAAGUUGGUCAGUGAGGGAAUUCCAUAGAAAUGAUUUACCCAGAUUUUGGCAGACAGUUUGAUAAAGUCCCAAGUACAGUUCUUUUGUAGUAGAUGGAGAGAUGUGGACCAGAUGACCACAUAAUUAGAGUCAAAAUUGGUUGUUAUGAUUUAUCAUCGACCUGACCAGAGGUGCCCAGUAGAGUGAGUGCCUCAGGGAUCCAUGCUUGGUCAUGUGCCUACAACGUCUUUAUUAAUGAUGGUUAAAAGUGUUGGUGGCCUGUUCAUCAAAUUUUCAGUUGACAAAAGACAGGAAGGGUAGCAGCUAACCCAUUGGUUGAAGGCACGGGGCCCAGAGCUAAUUCAAUGAAAUUAAUUAGGGAUGAAUGUAAUGUCUUAUAUUUGGGUUCAAAAAGUCAAUUUCCCAACCAUGGGACCGUGGAGACGUUACACAAAAGGUCUGAAAAAAACCUCCAGAAGGUUUUAGUGGAUUACAAAUGUAACGAGUCAGCAAUGGGAUAUGGCAGCUAAAAGAAAGCUUUUUCGAUCCUGGGCUACAUUGAGAAGGCAUAGUUUUCAGGAAUAAGGUGAUAAUAGCCCCUCUGUACUCUGCAUUAGAGCACAUGUGGAGUGCCAUGUUCAGUUUUAGGCACUUCGGUUUAAAAAUAGUGAUAAGCUGAAGAGUUGUCUAGAGAAAGGCAACCAGGGUAGUGAAGGGCCUGGAGCCCAUAUUCCAUGAGCAUGACUUUGAAGCAAUUGAGGAUGGAGAGAGGACAGUGACCAUUGAAGGCCUGUCUUGUGGAAGAGAGAUUAGAUUUGGAACCAGGAGCUACGUGGAUGGUGUGAAAAAGCAGAUUGAAGCAAAGUGUUGGGAAGACCUUCCUAAUACAUGGAGCCGUACCAAAGUAGAGUGGGCUGCCCCUGGCUGGAGGGCUUUAAGUAGAGACUGGCUGGUUCCUUUCCAGGUGGGUUAUAGUGGGGAUUCCUUUUGGAUGUGGAUUGGACUAUUCCACCUCAAACUUCAAUGCCAACAAAGGCUGACCCAGAUUCCCCAGAAUGAAUGACCUCCUCCCUUAAGAGUCUUUGAUGGCGCCCAUGAUUUGGCUGGCCUUUCUCUACCAGUCUGCAUCUUCUCCAUGGCUUAGUCUUAGAGGAUUACCUGGGUGAGUGUCUGAGAGUUUAAGUGACUUGACCAGGGUCUCGCCAUCAGGUAUGUGUUGGAGGCAGUUCUUGAACCCAGGUCUUACUGAACCUCUAUCUGUUUCCUUAACUGUAAAAUAGGGAUAAUAAUUCCACCUACAUCUUCCCAGGGUGGUUGUGAGGACAGAAUGAAAUAAUUAUUGUAAAGUGCUUAGAGCUCUAUAAAUCAGCUGUUCUGAAUAUGCUUUUGUAUGUAAUUCUCUGUGGAAUACAAGCUCUUUGUGGAAAAGGAUUUUCUUUUUUUCUUAUCUGUGUUUGCUUUUGAGUUUUCAGCACCUAGACAGCGACUGACACACAGUAGGCACCUAAAUGCUUGUCACUGGGUUGGGAGAAAGGAGGCCCAUUGACCAGGGAAGAAAGUGUUAACCUGCCCCCUGCUAGGGAAGAGAGGUAUUUGAACUGAGGGGCCGGCAGAACAGGGACUGGGGCCCCUGGAUGUCUGAGACUGAUCCCAGCUCCAGGCUGUGGUCCCUCAGCCUGGGGUUCCUAGGAGUCCUCCAUCAUCCCAACCCAUUAGAUGAUGGGGAUGGUCCUUGCCAGAGGUAGAGCAUGUUUGCUGGACAGCCACAGAGCCAGGAGGGGGCAGCAAAAGCCCAGAUUUCCCAUCCUCGGGAGUGUGGGCAGGGCAGGGCCAGCCGGGCAGGGCUGGGCCAAGCCGGGAGCUGCCUCUUAGCUCAGCCUUCCGCUUCCUGUACUUACAAACAAUCCUGAGGGAUUGCCUAAAACCGGCUCUGGGCAGUCCUCAAUCAUGUGAUAUUGCCUCGCCCCAAGUGGGAGGCCCAUGGGCACCCCAAGCCCCUGCUCUUGGCGUCAGAGCCCACCUCCUCCAGCAGGUCCCCUCAGAUUAUCUGUUUAUCUGCCCCCUCCCCAUAACACAUAAUGUUAGCUCUUUCCCUGCUCCAUGGCAACAUCUCUGUCUAGGAUAGGGGGCUGGCCUCGGGGUUCAGCUGCAUUUCCCCCAAAAGUGGAAGCCUCCCAAGGUCAGGGCUCUGUCUUCCCCCCAUAGAGGGGGCUUCCCAAAGGCAAGGGAGUAGGGAACGAACACUGCUCUCUGAUUCCCUUUCCCAGCUCUGUGACUAGAUUCUCAGUGCCCCAAUUUCCUCGCUUGUAUAAUAGUGCUAAUGGUGC